CGGGCUCUGCCUCGCUGGUGCGCGCGCGCGCUUCAGCGAGACACUUUGGCUCACGGACUUCUGCUGAGAGAUCAUCUGCACUUUGAUCAGCUUCAACUGCAACCUCAAGGAGCUUGUUAAAGAUUCAGCAUGGGAAACAAGUUCAGCAGAAGGCGAGAUGCCGCUGUCAGCAGUGCUGCAUCUGCAGCCAGUGAACAGAAACCUGCAGUGGAACAUUCAAAACCAGCUUUAGACUCUGGGAUAAAACAGGAGGAUGCAAAGGCUGAGAGUCUUGAUGUUCUAAUAGAAGAACCAACAAAAGAGGAAUGUGCAUCGGAGGUGAAAGGAGAGGAAAGUCCUUCUGCUUUGGCCCCAAGAGAAGAUGCAGAGUCAGAACUGCUGACACUGGAAACUAAAGCUCCUAAGGAGCCUAAACCUCUGGUUUCAGACGCCAGUCCUCCAAAACCAGAAAUAUCUGCAAAGCCCAACCCUGAAGCUACAAACGAAGCUGAAGCACAAGUUGCCUUAAACCCAGUUGAUGUUUCAGAAUCUGUUCUGCAGUCAGAAGCAGACACUGAGUCCAUCCCUCAGCCAGUGCCAACAGCAGCUGAGGCGGCUGUGCAAAGCAAAGACCAAGAACCCCUCACCGAUCCGGUUCUUUCUGCACCCCCACUGAUUGACUAUGGUGUCCCUGAUGUGAUUUCCUCCCAAGCCACCAUCCUGCUCGAUCCAGAUGAGUCAUCAAAAUGUUCAGCAAGUGAGGAAAGUUCCACAGCAGAGCCAGCAAAAUUUACUUCAGACUUUCUGGAGAAAUUUACAGGGGUGGAGGCCGAAGAGUGCCUGAAGACGCAUGAGAGUGAUGUCAACAUGGAAAAUAUUAGCGAACUCCUAAAAGCCUCAGAGCUGAAAGAAAAUGAUCUUCUCAGUGACAUCGUUCCAAUAGAAGACAAGAUCCUUGAUGACACUCCCAUCACAGACAUGAGCACAUCCAUGGAGUUUAAGUGAAUCCAUCAAAAACGAUCCCUGAAACAACAAAAGAGGAUAUUCUGUUAACCUUCUCAACGGGUCGCUAAGAAAAAAAAGGCAUUUUCUUUGUUACUCCAAAUGCUAUUUGCUAUAAUUGAAAAUACUAAUAAUACUUUUAAAAGAGCCAUGCAUCAGGUUGGAAUGAAUUGAAGCGGCCAGUUGAUUUGGCUUUGGAGCAUAAAUAGGUUCAAAUAGCACAGAAUAAAAGUACGAAAGUAAACAGCGUCAGACAACAGAGAUAUUCCUCUAUGCAAACUCUCUAACUAAAUAUUUUCUCCUACACUUGAAGGGAUUAGUAAGAACAACCUUCCAACAGCUUAUUUAGAACCGCUGCUUACAAAAGGUGAAGAGAGAAAAAUAAAGGUGUGUCCUUUAAUCUGCACAUCAUAAACUAACCAAGGAUGUUUUCUUUCUGAAACCAAAGAGUAAAAAGACUGCACAACAAACCGCGACCGAAGUGCUAACUCCAUGUGCAUCAAAACAAGUGUUUAAACUGCCAAAUAUUACGCUGAAUUUAAUGAUUGUCAGUUUUACUCGAUAGUGGCUUGCUUGUGAAAAUAAAGAAACUUAUAUGUCUAUGCUCUUGUUGUUUAUUAAACAUUAACUGAUUUUUGAGCAAAUAAAUAGGUUAAUUACA